AAGAAACAGAGGACGUGAGAAAGAAGAAGAAAAGUACAUGCCCUAUGCUGUUGUAAGAAGAACAACACUGUCAUCAUCAAUCGUGUCUGUGAAUUUAAGCUUUUUUAGCGGCCUACCCACUUAUUAGCGUCUCCGAUUUCCUUCAGCGUGUAGAUUGUAUUGCUUAUUCAGCUCGCACUCCACGUGCUCGACGAAAUGACUGACAGAAACUAGGAGACAGUUUCCUUCAGUUCUACACACCAACUUGAGGAGGUUUGAAGCUUUUUCUGACGAAUCAGAGAAUAAAGAAAGAUGUUUUCUUUAAGGAAAGCGAAGCUUCAAGCUGUCUCAGUUCACCAGAGUCGUUUCAGUUCUCUCUUUCGUGCCAUUGAAGUUACAGGUACUCAAGCUUCUUUACAACAUGGUUUGGCGGGUGAGAAGGUUCUCACUGAUGCAAGAAACCAUAGUUUGUUAUCUAAGCUUUGUACUAGUACCAGAUUCGAUAUGUGGUCUAUGAACCGAACAGAAGCAUUUUCGACUAUUUCUGGAUCAAUAUUGCUUCAAGCCAGGGAUCCUGCUAAGCUCAAUGAAGAAAUUCAAAUCGCAGUUGAUCAACGUAGGUGCGACGAAGCUUGGAGAUUGUUUGAACAGCAUAUGCAAAUGGAAGGGUUCCCGCGUAAAUCUGUUGUCAACAACGUUUUGGUCUGUUUCGCUGAGAGUCUCGAUUCCAAUUGGCUACAGAAGGGUUACACUUUAGUGGAGCAAGCCUUUGAGGAGAGCAAACAGAAUCUGCUAGAGAAGGAGCCUCUUGUGUAUCUAUCCUUGGCUCUGGCCAAGUCAGGCAUGGCUGUUCCUGCGUCAACCAUCUUGAGGAAGCUAGUUGAGACGGAAGAGUAUCCUCACGUGAGCGCUUGGUCAGCGGUGCUGGCGCAUAUGUCUCUCACGGGACCAGGAAGUUAUCUGUCUGCUGAGUUGGUUCUUGAGAUCGGUUACUUGUUUCAGAACAACAGAGUUGAUCCGCGGAAGAAGAGUAAGGCGCCUUUGCUCGCGAUGAAGCCUAAUACUCAGGCGUUGAACAUUGCUUUGUCGGGUUGUUUGUUGUUCGGGACAACACGAAAGGCUGAGGAGCUUCUUGAUAUGAUACCGAAGAUUGGUGUUAAAGCCGAUGCUAACUUGUUAGUGAUAAUGGCGCAUAUAUAUGAAAGAAAUGGGCGGAGAGAGGAGCUGAGGAAGCUCCAGAGGCAUAUAGAUGAAGCUUGUAACUUGAAUGAUUCUCAGUUUUGGCAGUUCUAUAACUGCUUGCUUAUGUGUCACCUUAAAUUUGGGGAUCUCGAAGCUGCUUCGAAAAUGGUUUUGGAAAUGCUAAGAAGAGGAAAGGUAGCAAGGAACUCACUUGGAGCCGCCAUUUUGGGACUUGAUACUGCAGAAGGUGAUAGAUUAAAGCUCAGAAAAGUAUCAGAGGUUAAAGAACAGGACACUCCAGUGCUUUCUAUCAACAGUAUGAUUCCUUAUGAAGAGUUCGUAAGAGACAGGAAAUUUCUAAAACUUGAAGCUGAGGCAAAGGAUGUUCUUGGUGCAUUGUUGGCUAAGUUACAUGUACAAGUGGAACUGAUUACGUCGGAGCGUGGUGUUCUGCAACCAACAGAAGAGAUUUAUGUGAAAUUAGCGAAGGCAUUCCUGGAAAGUGGAAAGAUGAAGGAGUUAGCAGAGUUUCUGUUAAAGGCAGAACAAGAAGAUUACCCUGUUUCUAGUGAUAACUCGAUGCUGGUGAAUGUGACCAACGCGUGUAUUUCUAUAGGGAUGUUGGAUCAGGCGCAUGAUCUACUCGACGAGAUGCGUAUGGCUGGGGUAAGAACCGGUUCUUCUGUUUAUUCUUCACUCCUCAAAGCUUACUGCAACACCAACCGGACUAGAGAAGUGACAUCACUUCUCAGAGAUGCUCAGAAGGCAGGGAUUCAGUUCGACUCAAGCUGUUACGAAGCGUUGAUACAGUCUCAGGUGAUUCAGAACGAUACUCACGGAGCUCUCAACGUGUUCAAGGAGAUGAAAGAGGCGAAAAUACCGAGAGGCGGGAAUCAGCAGUUUGAGAAGCUCUUAAAGGGCUGCGAAGGGAACGCAGAGGCGGGACUUAUGUCGAAGCUCUUGAGAGAAAUCAGAGAAGGGCAGAGUAGUUUGGAUGCGGGCGUUCAUGACUGGAACAAUGUGAUCCAUUUCUUUAGCAAGAAAGGUUUGAUGCAAGACGCAGAGAAGGCGUUGAAGAGGAUGAGAAGUCUGGGGCAUUCACCGAACGCUCAAACUUUUCAUUCUAUGGUCACAGGCUAUGCAGCCAUUGGGAGUAAAUACACAGAGGUGACUGAGCUUUGGGGAGAGAUGAAGUCCAUAGCCGCAGCUACUUCAUCGAUGAGGUUUGAUCAGGAGCUGCUGGAUGCGGUGCUGUAUACGUUUGUUAGAGGAGGGUUUUUCUCGAGGGCUAAUGAAGUUGUGGAGAUGAUGGAGAAAGAGAAGAUGUUUGUUGAUAAGUACAAGUAUCGGAUGCUCUUCUUGAAGUAUCACAAGACUGCUUAUAAAGGCAAAGCUCCAAAAGUUCAGAGCGAGUCUCAGCUCAGGAAGAGGGAAUCUGGUUUAGCAUUCAAGAAAUGGCUCGGUUUAACUUGAUUGUUAUCUGAAGUAAUCACCAUUGUCAUUACAUUUGAGUUCCGAAUAGAGUCAGCUAAAAGUUUCGUGUUGUUCAUAAAUGAAUGAUAUUUCAACUUUGACUUGGAUGGGACGUCACCGUUUUGCCUUCAAGGCAUUAUGCAUUAGUGAUGUUUAUUACUACUAGGGGCGGUUCCCCGCGCAAGCGCGGGGUCGGGGACAUAGGUUUUUUGAGUGAAUAGUUGUGGUAUUCAGGAUGCAAUGCGAAGCUUGAUUUAUAAAACUUGACAUGUACCGGUUAUGACUCUCUUGGUGCUUGCUCGUGUGAAUUUAUGACCGCAAACCUUAAAUGUAUGAUUAUUGAGAAUGAGUUGGAGUGAUUGAGUGCGCGUGACCGUUUCACCGUAGCGCAUGUUGAGUUCAAGCGUUGUGGGAUUAACAAUACUUGAACUUCUGUGUGAGUACUAAAAUUUUAUAAAAUGUUAUGUUGGUUUGUUUCAAUUUUUCCUUCAAUUGAAUUCUUUUUGUGAGAAAUGGCAUUGGCGGAGCUUCUACUGAUACCAUUGUAAAUAAGUAUUUAGCAUUACAUAGAUCAAUAUAUCCAAAUUAGAUGCAUUUAUGUGCUAAUACUACUCAUUUACUUAGACCACGUAUAAGGAUCAAGAAAUUUUAUACAGCUUCAGAAUCUUUCCGUUUAUAUAUUGAUUCCAUGAAGGGAAUCCUAAAUCGUAGUACGUAUUUAGUUGUGACUCCAACUAAAAUGUGCGUUUGGAACCAUUAUUUUUACUAAACCAUUUGCAUAGUUUUAUUUUAAUCUAGUCACAUUUGUAACUGACCCCACCAGUGAUUUUUUAAAGUUACAUAUGUAUUUGUAUGCAUGGGAUAAACGAAGGGCACGUAAAUGGACAGCAAAUAUGAUAAUACUCGCCAACGUUCCCCAAAAUUUGAAAACCGUAAAUGAAUGGCUUUUUAACGUAGAGCCCAAACCUUCUCAAGAGCUAGUGUUGCUGCUUCCGUUUUGGUGAGUUUAGACAUCUCUGUAUCAAAGACCACAAACGUUUGCAUUGUCUUUGCCAUCUUCAACGGCAAGCUCUACACGGAACCUGCAUAAAGUAGCAUUAAGGUGUUAUGAUCAUUUACAAUCUUGAGUUUACUUUUGGACAUGGGCGAGUCUUUCUAUUUCUUACUUUUGGACAUGGACAUAUGUGAAACACAUGAGGUGCCAUAUUUGUCCAGCUUCUUGCUGCAACCGGUGCAAGAGACAUAAGUCCAACCAUUCUGUUGGAGGACGCCGACAAUCCUAGCUUUGUAGAGGAAAUCAGCUUCCUGGCUCUUUAUAGCAAAAAUAGACGUAGCAUUAGAAGAAUAAAUUUAGUAACACAUUGAGAAUGUGAUUUUACAAAAAUGAAAUUAAAUAGCUAUACUAACCUGGGCGUUGGAGUUGGACAGGUAGGUAUGAAGAUCACCAAUUGUCACAAGUUCUUUCUUUCUAAUACCUCGCAUGGGUUUCUACCCGUGUAAAAACCUCUCCUGCUGCACCUCCCAAGCUAGUUGGUGAACAAUUGUGUAACAAAAAGCAUUAUAGAAGAUAACUACAUAAUAAGGGGUAAAUGAUAAAGGAAGCAUUUAAAUUUUUUUUUUUUCCAAAGCUCCCUAGACGGACCUCUCUGUGAAUGCUUCAAUGGCGGGGAUGGUGGUGUCAAAGUAGAACUUGGUGCCCGGAGUGGAGUUCAGAUAUAUAUAGUUACCUUGAAAAGAGCAAGUAUGUUUUAGUUUAGGUUACAAAUGAGUGAUACGUAUUGAAAUGACUAUACCUUUGAGCAGCAGAUUUAGCAUAAAUAUAUAUUCUAGACAAAGUUACAUCAGCUGCGUUCAAAUGUCACAAACAGACAUAAGGGUUUUUGGUAAUUAUAAUUUUACACUCUAGAUCAAGAAACUCCUAGGUAAAUCAUUAAUCUAAGAGAGUAGAUGUACAUGCCUGUUCAUCUUUUCAUCUAGGAAGAGUAUGGUGCUACCCAUGAACUCGCCAUUCUUAUUGAUAUUGCGGGAGUCCCAAAAGCAUAAGAGACGGCUGACAACAACCGACAAAGGCGGAGAUCGUAGAAAGUAGCGUGGGGACCGGCUGAUUGAGCACCAAAAACAGCAAAGGAAGACAUUUUCACGUCUGUAGUAUAAGCCACUGCGGAUGACGAAAGCAGGGAUGUGAGUUGCGAUGUUUAAUCCCGGUCUCGAGGAUCGACUUUAUAUAGAGAGGGCUAUGGCUGAUGUUUUGAAACAGGGGAGUCAUUAAGGGUAUCAUAAGGAAGAUGGAAGGGGUGUAGAAAAUUAAGACUGCCAUAAAUACCCAUUAACGUAUCUUAAAGUAAGGGGGGAGGGCGGAGACACAACCAUCUCGUCGAAAGGAAAAAUGGUUUUGGAAACCGUAGAUCAGAGCGGACAAUGCCUUGAGCGUUUUUUUAAUGGGCUAAGGAUUACCAUCGUAAAUCAAACUUAUGGCCCAGAAACAACCUCAUGCGAUUUCUUAAGUUAAUAAGUACAUAGUGGGUCCCACAUAUAAUAAGAAGCAUCUGAGGUUGGGCCGGAAUGGAGCAAGUUUGGGCUGGAACUUGAAAUUGAUUUGUGACCCAGCCCGUAAUAACAUGGCAGAUUGAUUGGUGGAGAAUAUUUUUGCAUAUGUGGCACCCCUUAUAAGCUCCAAAAAUAGCUCCUUUUAUAUAGUAGUGAUUUUGAAAACGUAAACCGUUGUCUACCGCUGGUUUAUAGUUAAUGAUUAAGUUGGUACGGUAGUUGGGUUUGAUAAUCCGGUUUACUAUUGAAUUGCAUUUCACUUGGAUGGAUUUCAUUUUUCCGGUUCGUCUUCUUCGCCCUUAUUCACACAGUUGUCUUCGUCAGAGAUGUGCAACUUGCAGCAGGUGAAAGCAGCGCAGAAUAGUUUGUACUGCGCUGGUUAAAUGUUGAAGGGGGCUGGAUGGUGAAGCUACUGAACCUCUAUGAUCAAGGAAAUGGAAGAAGAUAGAGAAGAAUCAAAAGGUCCAGAGAUUGAGUUUGCAAUAACAGAGUUUACGAGAUGACUUCAAAUCCAACGAAGAAGAGAUGGUUGCAGUUCUUUGAUCAUGCUAGAUUAGAGAGAACAGACGAGCUUUUACUCAAGGUAGGAGCUUUAAGCUUACUUCUUCAAACAGCUAGGAGGAGGGCAUCUUCUGUGGAUGCUAUGGAGCCAGCUCAAGGCAUUCUCUUGAUUCUCUAGAAUUUGACUCUGGAAGCAAAUGAAGAACAUAAGCACUAUUUUCUUGGGAUUGGGAACAGGCCAACAAAAUAGUGCUUAUCUUCUUCGAAAGGCUAAGCCAUCCUUCGGGGGUCAAGAAGUCAAACAAACAGCAAAGAAACACGGAGAUGGUUGCUUAACAUACGGUGAGCCACUAGUUUACUAGAAUCUCGCCUUACUUCAAAUUAGAAGGCUUGGUUGCGUCGUUAUAUGCAUCAUGAAUCAUGAUCUAGCUGGUCUCACUGCAAGCCUGGACAUAACAUUCACUGAACAGCAGGCCAGUAGGCAUUAGUCAACAAGAAAAGAUUCACAUCUCAAAAUCUUAAGGCAGGGAUCCCUGACUGUGUUUGAUAAUGUGUAUGUUCCAGGUUAAAUGCUACAUGAAGCAAACCUUCUUAUAGACGAUGAUGGAGUUCUUAGAAUAUGAGAUUUUGGGCUUGCAACGUUUUUUGUUGAUGCGAGUAAAAGGCAAGUAAUGACGACAAGGGUUGUUACUCUAUGGGACUAUGGCACAGAGCACCAGAGCUGCCCCACGGUGCUGAUGUCGCCUGUCGGCAUUGACUUAGAAGCUACAAGGCUUUGCUAUAAUCUUUGUAAGUAUCAAUAUUUUUUUCUUUUUCAAUAUAAAAUCGCAGUCAUGUUGUGUAUUUUUAAAAGAAAAUUCAGUCGGUCUCACUAGAAAUUAGCUAAGUUUAAUGUAGGAUCAACUUUGAAUAUUAGGCAUAUCAAAGGGAUAAUUAAUAACGAGAUCUGGAAAUGAUAGUAUAAUCAUAGUAGUAAGUAUAGAGGCAUGAAACAGAGCUGGAACUAUUAAAUUAUGAGGAAUCAUCCAAUUUAAGUGUUUGGUAGAGAUUGCUGUUGAGUGUUGACUCUGUUCAUUUUUUUUUGUUUCUUUUGCAUCGACUGCUUUCCUUCUAUUAUUACUCUGCAGCCGACAAAAAUAAAAUUAAGAAUAAACACAACGCCUGUUAAUUAAUUCAAUUUUGGCAACGAAGUGAACAGACAAAAUAUUCUUUAAAACAUAAAAAGGUUGUUUCAAAGUCACGUUUUCAAUUUGUCUUCUUAACCUUUUGUGAUGCUUAGAAGUCAAAUUGUGUCCAAUCUAUUAAUCAUAUUUUCUUUUUGUUUCUUGAAUGUAGAAUAAACAAUCAGUCUUAAUUGGUUAAUAAACUGUAUUUAAGACAUAACUAUUAUCGGUCACAAAUUACUUAUUCUUGUAGGUUUAAGAUCUAAACUGCAACGUUACAUUACUUACCUUUAGUUACUUCAAAAGCCAUGAAUGAACAAACUCUCCAACCUUCAACAUUAAUAGGCCACAUUAAAUGGAUGGCAAAUAUAGGUGGAAGGAAUCUUAAUAUCCAACGUGGAGACAUGACAAAGGGUGACAAGGAAGUGGACCGAAAGCACACCGUCCUGGACAUCCUGUCUUUGUUAUCACUUUUAUCACUUGUCAGCUACUCUUUGCUCUCUUCUUUUAAUCAUCAUUAUUGCUUAUUCAAUAUUCAAGACACUCCCGUCUUUGUUGCUGAUUCAAAACUACUAGUAUACUAUUCAAAACUUCUUACUUCUAUUAUUCAGAUCUA